AUGAGAGGCUUAUCGAGAAUCUCAAAAUCACUCGCGACCAGUUUCUUGUUCAACCGAACAAAACCUGAACUCGCACCAUGCAGAAAUCGAGCAUACAGUUUGAUCCCAAUGGUCAUUGAAACCUCUUCCAGAGGUGAAAGAGCCUACGAUAUCUUCUCUCGUCUUCUCAAGGAACGCAUCAUUUGCAUCAAUGGACCCAUCUCUGACGACACCUCUCAUGUCGUUGUUGCUCAGCUUUUGUUUCUUGAAUCUGAAAACCCUUCCAAGCCUAUCAACAUGUACCUCAAUUCCCCUGGUGGUGCCGUUACUGCAGGGCUUGCAAUAUAUGAUACUAUGCAGUACAUUCGGUCUCCGAUCAACACAAUGUGUUUGGGGCAGGCUGCGUCCAUGGCUUCUCUCCUGUUGAGUGCGGGUGCCAAGGGUCAGAGGCGUGCUCUUCCGAAUGCUUCAAUCAUGAUUCACCAGCCUUCUGGUGGAUACAGUGGCCAGGCAGCGGAUAUUUUAAUUCAUUCCGAGCAGAUUAAAAAAGUCUCGAAAGCGCUGAAUGAGUUGUACGCCAAGCACACUGGCAAAUCGGUUGAUGUUAUUAAGAAGGAUAUGGAUAGAGAUAAUUUUAUGGAUGCUAAAGAGGCAAUGGAGUAUGGGAUUAUUGAUGAGGUUAUUGAUCAGAGACCUAUGACUUUGGUUUCUGAUGCUGUUGGCAAUGAAGGCAAAGAUAAAGGUUCAAAUUAG